AAUCGCGAAUGGCAGUUUGUGGCCAAAAUGCGGAAUAGCACUUUGAUUCUCAUCGCAGUAGUUAUGGCUGUAUGCCUUUUCGCGGAUGUAACUGGAGUAACUCGGUGCAAGGGAAAGCCCAAAAAGUCAAAGUGCGCUGGGAACCUGGAUGGUGGUAACAAUCGCAAAAGCAAGUGCAAGAAAUCGGCCAACACAAAUAUGUGGCACUAUAAUGCACUGACAAAAAACUGCACCAAAAUUAAUUACCUAGGAUGUGGUGGCAAUGACAAUCGCUGGUGCACAAAAGUAUUAUGUGAGGGCUGCCGGCCGAGACAAAAUGGUUGAAAUAUAUGAAAAGUAGAGUAUAUAAAUAAAUCAUGAAAU